UAUUUACAGGAGCCAGUUUAAUAGAUCGUAAAUACUCACCUCCAACUAGUGUUGAGGUUAAGAAUCCGUACUUAGAAGUUCUGAAACGUAAACACUUAAAACGUGUGCUGAGUACCAAUGUGAUAACCUGUCACGUAUCUGAACAGUCCUGCUGAGUAAAUGCUGAGGAAGACAAAGAAACGUAAUGUGGUAAUGGACCAGUUCGCAAGGGGAGACCAUCUUCACGCAAGAAGACGAGAUUAUGGACCACAGUACGGACAGCAAAUUCACACUAUCAGCGGGAGCUUUGGAAAGGUCAAUUUCGAUGGUAGCCAUGGCUACACCAGAAAUAUACAUCUCGCGCAACACGGCAACAAACUCAUCGGUCGCGCCGUGCCGAGCUGCAGUUGCACAACAUGUGUUGAUUUGUUCAACGAAUUCUGUGACAGGAGCACCUUGCAUGGUCUCAAAUAUGUCGGCGACAAAAAGCUGCACUUUGUGGAAAGGUUGUUUUGGUCAGUGGCAUUCAUUCUUGCCACCAUUACUGCGGGCUACUUCAUCAACACUGUUUACGCCAAGUGGGACGAGACCCCGGUCAUCGUCUCCAUUGGGGCAAGGACUACUCAACUCACCGACAUUCCGUUCCCAGCGAUCACCAUCUGCACCAUGAAUGAAGUACGGAAAUCUGAAGCUGACAGGAUAAACAAAUCAAAAAAUAAAACAGACAUAUUAUUCCAGAAACUGAUGAAGGAUGUGUGUAAUAAUUCUAACAAAGAGAAACCGAUAACCAAAUAUAGUAAUAAAUCCGAUGGCUUUGACACUAUCCUAAACUUCAUGGUGACGGUCAGACAGCCAUGCCAUGAAAUGAUCAAAGCUUGUUACUUUGCUGGGGAUCUUAAGAAUUGCACUGACAUCUUUAACCCUUCACUAACAGAUGAAGGAAUCUGCUGUUCCUUCAACAAAGUGAAGAGAGAGUAUAUAUUCAGAAACCCACGUAAUCUCUCCGAUCUGAAUGUGACCUUUCCAAUGGAUACCGUAGACUGGACUCCGGAAGCAGGAUAUCCACCUAGCAGUUCCCCCGAUACACUCCCCUGGAGACCUCGUGGUUCAGGGACUCACUUGGGAUUGACUAUUGUCUUAGAUGCAGAAUUACAACAAUUUCACUGUUCGACAUCUGCGAGUGUUGGCUUCAAGUUGCUCCUUCACAAUCCAGUGGAGACGCCCAAGAUCGCAGACUUUGGGUCACUGAUAGCGCCAGGAAGAGAGUAUCGGAUAAAAAUCAAGCCAGUCAUUAACAACUCCACAAUGUCACUCCGUAAUGUGAAAGAAGUAAGCCGACAGUGCGCCUAUUCACAAGACAAGUAUCUUCAGUUUUACCGUACAUACACAAAGAGGAACUGCAUUCUGGAGUGUGAGGCCAACUAUACCUUCGAUGUCUGCAAAUGCGUCCCAUUCUACCUGCCAAAGGACAUUAAUACUCCUAUAUGUGGCAAGGAGGAGGAGAGUUGUGCAAACAAGGCUCGAAAGCUUCUUGAUAUGAAGAUUCUAAAAGAAGGUCAAAUUGACAUGCCAGAAGAUUGGAUUAACCCUGUCUGUCAGUGUCUGCCCGGAUGCAACGAAAUCAGUUACGUGUCGUCCAUGACCCACAGCCACAUGAAUGCAUCGUUUGCUGCGAAUAAAGGCUACAUAGAAGAAGCAGUCCUGUUAAAUGAUGAAAUGAGAAACAGUAUUACGGUGGUGCAUCUCUACUUCACGGAGACGCAAUUCCUGAGCUACUAUAAGACAGAGCUGUUUGGUCUCAGUGAGUUUCUAUCCAGCACAGGGGGACUCCUGGGGCUGUUCAUUGGCUUCAGUUUCCUGAGUGCAGUGGAGAUUUUGUACUUCGCAUCUGUAAGACUUUGGUGCGGCAUAGUGAGAAGGCGUAACACAGCUGUGAACAAUUAUCCAUUUGUUGAGUGAAUUAUGGGCACGACAGCCUAAAAUCGAAUAAUCAUAUGUUUUUUACCCCCCUCCCUCCCAUAAACAUAGUUUUUUUUCCAGAAAUAGCACAAUUUUAGUGAAUUAUAUUAAUUUCAUACCUCACAAAUACAUUAUAUCAUAAAUAUUCAAAUAUAUUCUGUUCAUUAAAAAGCGUGCUGUCCCAUGUGUAUUUU